CCUGGGAACCCUGGCAGCAGGAGCUUUGGAGGGUGGGGCGGGGAGAGGCGUGUGGAUAAAGCUUUGGGGUCUGGAGGCAGGCGCCGAGGCGCCCUCGGGAGACGUGCGCCCCGCGCCCUGUUGGCCUCUGCGUGGUCCCAGGUGAAUCCCACGCUUGAACCCAAGCUUACACACAUUCUACAAUAAGAAGAUGCUGCUAAUCUCGUUCACCUUAAUCAUCUUGGCUGGAGCAUCUGCCGAUCAGAGCCCCGGCCCUGAGUUUGCUGAUGUUGUGUUCCUGGUAGAUAGCUCUGAUCACCUGGGAAGCAAGUCCUUUCCCUUUGUGAGAACCUUUAUAAACAAGAUGAUCAACACUCUACCCAUAGAACCAAACAAAUUCCGUAUUUCCCUUGCCCAAUACAGUGAUGAUCUAUAUGAGGAGUUCCUGCUGAACACCUACAAUACCAAGAAUGCCAUGGCGAACCACAUCAAAAAGAACUUUGACUACAUUGGUGGGCCCCUGCUAAUUGGCAAUGCUUUAAAGAAAGUUCACACAACCUUUUUCUCAGGGUCACAAAAUGGAAGAGACAAGAAAUUAUUUCCCCAGAUUUUAGUUGUCCUGGCUUCAGCCAAAUCUGAGGAUGAUGUGGAAGGACCUGCAGAAGCCUUGAGGAGAGAUGGAGUGAAAAUCAUCUCCCUGGGGAUACAAGAUGCUUCUGAAGAAGACCUAAAAGCCAUGGCCACUUCUCAAUAUCAUUAUAACCUGAGGACAGCCAGAAAUGUGGGCAUAUUUUCUGAAAACAUGACCAGGAUCAUUAAAGAAACCAUAAAGCACAAGGAAAUAAUACAAGAUGAUGAUGAAGUUGUAUGUGAAAGAGAUUCCUUGGCCGACAUUGUCUUCCUACUGGAUGAGUCCUUGAAGGUCAGAAGGAAUUUAGAAAACCUUCAGAAGUUCCUGGAGAACAUCACAGCCUCCAUGGAUAUAAAAGCAGGUUGUACCAGGAUAGGUAUACUGAGUUUCAGUGAUGAGACAGAGGUGGUGGCUUCUCUGGAAAGAGACAUGACCCAUGAUGAGAUUAUACAAGCCAUUAGGAGCCUGUCUCUAAGGGAUGGCAAAGCCUACAUUGGAGCAGCCAUGAAGAAGGCCAGAGAACUCUUUAGUCACAGCAGGAAGGCCCAGGGUGUGCGACAGAUAGCCGUCCUGGUCACUCAUAGAUCAUCAGAAGAUGACAUGCAUGAAGCAGCUGAGGACCUUCUGCUGCAGGGUGUGUCCAUCUUUGGCAUAGGGAUUAAAGGCUACAACAUCACCCAAUUCAAACAGAUGGUAUCUUACCCUCCAGAUCAUUAUAUUUCUGAACAGAACAGCUAUGCCGAACUGGAAAAGUACACUGUAACCCUUCUUAAAAAACUCCAGUAUGAAGUACAGUACCGGACAUCUGUCCAGUAUGGACAAACAGAGCGUUACAGGACAGGUUGCAUUGAAACAGAAAAGGCUGAUAUCUAUUUUCUCAUUGAUGGCUCAGGAAGUGUUCGACCUUACUUCCAUGAAAUCAAGAAUUUCAUGAUCGAGGUGAUACAAAUGUUUAAUGUUGCUCCAGAGAAGGUCCGCUUUGGAGCAGUGCAAUACUCAAGCACUCAUCAACAAGAGUUUGGUAUCAGCACAUACUCUAACGUGGUGGACUUAAGCAAGGCCAUUCUCAACAUCCGACAGUUGGGGCACACAACGAACACAGGAGCAGCUCUGCGUUUCAUGCUAGAAGAGAUAAAGAGCUCAAAGAAAAAGCAACAUGACUCUGUCCCCUGUCAUCUCCUUGUUGUGACAGAUGGAAUGUCCAAUGAUGAAGUUUCAGAACCAGCCAAAAGACUAAGGGAGGAAGAUGUAAUCAUUCAUGCAAUUGGUGUCAAAGGAGCUAAUAUAAUAGAGCUGAAAGACAUAGCAGGGUCAGAGGACAGAGUUAAAUUUGUGUAUAAUUUUGAAUCUUUAAAAGGCAUAAAGAAUGAAAUUGUUCAGACCAUUUGCCGUGAAAGAGAUUGUAAAGACAAAAGAGCUGAUGUCAUGUUUCUGGUUGAUAGUUCCAAGAGCAUAGGAGCUCCAGCCUUCAAUAAAAUAAAAAUAUUUAUGAAAAACAUGGUGAACAAGUCCCAUGUUGGCCUUGAUCAAGUACAUAUUGGAGUUGGUCAGUACAGCAAUGUUUUCAAGGAAGAAUUUGGGCUCACUGAAUAUAUGACUCAAAGAGACAUUUUUGAUGCAAUUGACAGAAUGAAUUUUAUUGGAGAUAAGACCUAUACAGGGAAAGCACUGGAGUUUGUGUCUAGUUACUUUGAACCUUUGAAGGGAGGACGUAAAGGUGUCAAGAAAUUUCUCAUUCUUAUCACCGAUGGGUUUUCACAGGACUCUAUUACAGAACCAGCUUUACAUCUUCGGAAUAAUGAAGUUGUCAUCCUCUUGGUCGCCAUCUUCCGGUCAAAAUCACCUCAGCUAGAGGAUAUCACUGGAGAUCCCAACUUGGUUUAUUAUGUUGAGAAAUUUGAUGACCAAAAGCUACUUGAAGAUAAGCUGGUUUUUGAUCUAUGCACUCUCCAUGAAUGCAAACAGUUUCAAGUGCUAGACAUCGUAUUCGUGCUGGACGACUCCUCGAGCAUAAGUGAACAUCAGUAUGAGAGCUUGAUAAACUUCACAAAGCACUUAGUGGAAAAGGCGGAUGUCGGAAGAGAUCGUGUUCAAUUUGGAGCCCUCAAAUAUUCAGAUACACCCGAAAUCCUCUUCUACCUUAAUGAUUACCAGAACAAGAAAAGCAUCAUUGAUAAACUGAAGUUCCAGAGAAAAGGAGGAAAUACGUACACGGCCAAGGCUCUGAACAGGUCACAUGAACUAUUUACUGAGCAACAUGGCAGUCGAAUCAAGAGAGGUGUAAAGCAAAUGCUUAUUGUGAUUACUGAUGGGAAAUCUCAUGAUUACCUUGAACUCGAGACCGUAGGCAAGGCACUAAGAGCGAAGAACAUCAUCAUCUAUGGAGUGGGUGUAGCUGAAGCUUCGGACAAAGAACUUUUGGACAUAACAGGCUCAAAAGACAAUUAUUUCAUGGUAGAUAAUUUUGAGAAACUGAAAGAAAUUUACCUCCCUAUUGAGAAAAAGGCUUGUGAAAAUGCACUUGAUGUCUGUGACAUGAAAAAGGCAGAUGUGUUUUUCCUUUGUGAUGGCUCUGAUUUGGUAAGUGAAAUGGAGUUCGGCAAAAUGGUUUAUUUUUUGGCAGACAUCAUUGAUAAUCUUGAGGUCUCACCUCAAGACGUGCACAUUGGGAUGUCCCAAUUAGGUUCUUUUGGCCAGGAAAUUCUCCAAAUGAAUGCUACCUUGAGCAGAGAAGAGCGGAAAGCUAAAAUUUUGGCUACCAUAAGGCGCAAGGGAAAUCCUCAACUAGGAAGCGCCCUUCGCCACCUGAAGGACACCUUUGUUUCUGGAAGCAGGAUCAUGGCUGGGGUCCCUCAGAUCCUGUUUGUCAUCCUCUCUGGGAGGCCUCGGGGGAGCACAACCAGGGUGACUAAGGCUGUGGAAAAACUGAGAGAGCUUGGCGUGUGUAUCAUAGCCUUGGGCAUUGGGGAUGUCCGGAAUGAUGAGUAUCUCCAUGUUACCCACAACCCUGAGAAGAUCAUCACUGUGUCCGACUUUGAUAAAUUAAAGACAGCAGAUGUAAGAAAAAGGGUCGUCCGGGAAAUCUGUCGUGACUGUCAGCAAGAGAAUUGCUUUGUGGAUACUGUUGUGGGCUUUGACAUCUCAACCCAUCGUCGCGGGCAGACCUUGUUUGAGGGUCAACCAUACCUUGAAUCUUACCUUCCAAACCUCUUAGAGUCUAUCAACUCCCUAAGAGGUGUGAGCUGUGGGAGAAAGACCCAAGUCAGUGUGGCAUUUAAAGUGAAUACUGAUCCCAGUUUUGUAUCCAGGUUCCAAAUCUAUGAAAAAACAAUGAUGGAAACCCUGAGGCAGGUCACAGUCAGUGGACCUUCUUACCUUCACGUGGCUUACCUAGAGUCACUGUGGAGUGUAUUUCAUCAUUCUGAAACUCAUGGAAAGGUGAUUCUCAUAUUCUCUGAUGGUCUCAGGCAUGAGUCUGAAGAUCUGUGGAGGCUUGAGGAGAAAUCAGAUGAACUCAGAAAAAAAGGGUUGUUGGGUUUAUUUGUUGUGGCCCUGAACACCACCUCUCAAUACGAAGACUUUUCAACCUUUGAAUUUGGAAAAGGAUUCGAAUAUAGGACACAUUUAAGCCUUGGGAUGAGAGACCUGAGCAGCACAUUGACUGCGUACUUGGACAAUAUUGCAGAAAGACAUUGUUGCUGUGCCCUUUGCAAGUGUUCAGGGGCUCGGGGGUUACCAGGAUCACCAGGAUCAAGGGGCCCAAAGGGAUAUUGGGGUCAGAAGGGCAGCCGUGGCCACAGAGGAGAAGAGGGGGAUCCUGGAACAAGAGGAGGCAGUGGGCCAGAAGGAGAAAGAGGUGCUCAGGGAUGUCAGGGUGAACGGGGUCUUAAGGGAGUCAGAGGAGUGAGUGGAUUUAAGGGAGAAGAUGGAGAUUUUGGAAUUAAUGGGAUAAACGGAGAACAGGGAUUCUAUGGAACUCCUGGUAAGAAAGGAGAGAAAGGUGACCGAGGAUCCCAGGGAAGCCCGGGUACCAGAGGUGCCCCCGGUGUCCAUGGUGGGAAAGGAUUUCAAGGAGAUCCUGGUGAACCUGGACGUGACAAUUUCUUUAGAGGGCCUAAAGGAGCCAAAGGAGAGCAAGGAAAACAAGGCCAAAGAGGACAGAAAGGCGAAGAUGGCCAACCUAACUCAAGAGGAAAUAGAGGACCAACAGGCAGAAGAGGAAUCUAUGGACCAAAGGGCCCAGUUGGAGCUGUUGGCCCAAAAGGUGAAGCUGGACCUGAAGGAUUAAGAGGAACUGAGGGACGAAGUGGACAACCUGGUCAGAUGGGAGAAAAAGGAAGUCCUGGAAAUAAAGGGCCUCAGGGGGCUUCUGGACUUGCAGGGUCUAAAGGGAGUCCUGGGAAACCUGGAACCAUGGGAAAGAAGGGAGAACCUGGAGCUCCAGGAAAUGAAGGACCAGUGGGACCAACUGGAUCGCGUGGAAUGCAGGGAGACUAUGGCAUUCCAGGCUUUGGCCACCAGGGAAGGAAGGGAGCAAAGGGCUCAAGAGGACACCCAGGAGACAGUGGAGACAAGGGUGAUGUUGGAAACCCAGGAACUCCAGGGAAACCUGGACCUAAAGGAUUCAGAGGACUCACAUUUGGUGUAGGUCCCAAGGGUGAUAUUGGUUCUCCUGGCUCUCCUGGACCUGCAGGGUCACCGGGUCCUAAAGGCAUGAAGGGACUGCCUAUAUAUUCUCAAUGUGAUCUUAUUAAUUUCCUGAGGGACCAUAGUCCCUGUUGGGAAGACAAAUGCCCUGUCUACCCAACAGAAUUGGUGUUUGCUCUAGACGUGUCAAGACAGAGAUUUGAGGUUGUGAAAAACAUGACCAUUUCCAUUGUGAAUGACCUUAAAAUCAGGGAAAACAACUGUCCAGUGGGAGCAAGGGUUGCUGUCCUUUCCUACAGUUCUGAAAAUAGGUAUCUUGUCCGCUGGUCAGACUAUUCCAGCAAGAGGCAACUCCUCCAGAAGCUCUCUAGAAUGACAUUUGAACAACCUUCAUACUCCAGAGAUCUUGGCAGUUCCAUGUUAUUUGUGGGCAGGAAUGCUUUCAAGAGAACCUUACCAGGCCCUAAUGUCAGGAGGCUCACUGUGUUUUUUAGUGACAGUCAGUCUCCAGAUAUAUCAUCAAUCAUCACAGCCACCAUGGAGUUCAGCGGGCUCAAUAUCAUUCCAGCUGUAUUUGCUUUUAAUGACAUGUUUGCUCUUGAGGAGGCUUUCCAGUUUGAUGACACUGGCACAUAUCAGGUCAUUCCAGUUCGACCCUCUCAGUUUUCUCAUCCAAUAGAAAGACUUCGCCGAUGCACACUUUGCUAUGAUAAAUGCUUUCCAAAUGUUUGUGCAGAAGAGCAAAUAGACCAAGUACAUUCAUACGUGGAUGCCAUUUUCCUUCUGGAUAGCUCCCGGCAUGUGAGAGGAGAUGAGUUUGAGCAAAUGAAAGCUUUCCUGAGCUCAGUCCUUGACAACUUUGACAUUUCUGCAGACCCUGAGCAAUCUGAUGUGGGUGAUCGGUUGGCUUUGCUAAGUUACUCUCCAAGGGAUUUCUCCAUAAGAAGGACAAGCACCCCUGUGAAGAAAGAGUUUGACUUUACCACCUAUUCUAGCAAAGCUCUAAUGAGGAGGCAUAUCCAUAAUUCCCUUAAGCAACUUCAUGGAGAAGCCUAUGUUGGCCAUGCCUUGCAAUGGACAACAAAUAUGGUCUUCUCCAAUACAUUCCACUCAAGGAAAAACAAAGUUAUCUUUGUUAUAACUGCUGGAGAAAAUAAUGAAAAUAAGGAUGUCUUAAGGAAAAUAUCCCUGAGGGCCAAAUGCCAAGGGUACGUCAUAUUUGUGAUUUCUCUGGGAUCUACACGAGAAGAAAUAGAAGAUGUAGCCAGUCUCCCUCUGGAACAUCACUUGAUUCAACUUGGCAGAGUUCACAAACCCAAUUUGGACUAUGCUGUGCGGUUCAUUAAGCCUUUUGUAUAUUCAGUCAGACGAGGAUUCAAUAAAUACCCCCCUGCAGGAUUGGAGACACAGUGUAGACUCAUUUCUUCAGAACCAUCAUUUUUUCUAAAUAGGAAUAAAAUGUCUUCUGAAUAUGAUAUCACCUCUGGUGAAAACGCUUUGUUAAAUGAAGAGGCAAUGAAUCUAGAUCAUUCCCCAGUUUUACUAGGAGAUAAUGAAAGUAAGGAGAUGAUCUAUCUUCACAACCAAAUGGUUACAUCAAAGGAACUAAAAGUGACAUAUCCCAAAAUGAUGGGGACAGAAGAAAUAACAACUCUUAUUUCAGAAAGUAUAGUAGACCCAACACAGAGUUUUGAGUUGGAAGAUGUCGGUAAGAAGCCCAGCUCUGACUAUGCGACUUUAGAAAGGCCAUUUUACAGAGUGGAUGAACCAAUGGACAUGGGGAAGGUUGAAAUGGAUUUGAAACCUGACCCUGCCUCUCUUACCAAAGGAGGUGAUAACCUUGGAGGAGGAGAAGAAUCUGGGUCCACUUUGGAAUCUGGCAGUCCAUCUCUGAGAGACGUUUUUAUGGAUGUAGCUUUCCUCCUAGACUCUUCGUGGAAUAUGGGAAGUUCUGAAUUUCAAGAAAUAAAAAGUUUUAUAGCUUCAGUGCUUGACUACUUUUACAUUACUCCAGACCCACUGACCUCUCCUGUAGGAGACAGAGUAGCCCUCUUGAGCUAUUCCCCUCCAGGCUAUAUGCCCAACGGUGAAGAAUGUCCAGUCCUCUUGGAGUUCGACUUAAUGACUUAUAACAAUGCACAUCAAAUGAAAAGCUACAUCUGGGAAUCUCUUCAACAGUUGAAUGGUAACUCUUUUACUGGCCAUGCCCUGAAAUGGACGAUUGAUAAUAUCUUCUCGGGGACACCCAACCUGAGGAAAAACAGGGUUAUCUUUGUGAUAUCUGCUGGGGAGACCAAUUAUUUGGACCGAAAAACCCUAAAGGAAGAAUCUCAGAGAGCCAGAUGCCUAGGCUAUGCCAUCUUCGUGUUAUCCUUUGGCCCCAGGCACAAUGACAAAGAGCUAGAAGAAUUAGCCAGCCAACCCUUGGAUCAUCACUUGGUCCAGCUGGGAAGAAUUCAUAAACCUGACUUUGACUACAUUGUGAGGUUCAUUAAACCAUUUCUCCAUUCAGUCAGACGUGCAAUCAACAAAUAUCCCUCAGCAGAUUAUGCCCUAAAAUGUCCUAAUGUGACCUCUUCCAGCUCAAAGAAGUUUCAGGAAGAACUCCUCCUUCCUAAAGGAUCUGAGGUGGAGGCAGAAAAUAGUGACUUCUCUGAUGAAUAUGAUUUCCCUGAGCAUCAUGUGCUUAUUUUAGAGGGCAAUCAUAGUGAUAAUUCUGGAAAUGUUCUUGAUUUCAUCCAAGAGCUAACUCGUCUCUUUGCGACUGGAGAAGUCUUGAUAAAUGAUCAAGAAGAACCAUGUUCAAGUGAAAAUACCACCAUCACUGAAGAUGAUCAGAAAACUAACAAAGAUGAUGGAGACAUAAGAUGACAACCUCCUUAAAAACAAGAUGUGACUUGUCAUUUGUUUAUUGUAUGUUGUGAGUUCUUGUACAUUUGGUUCUUUUUAUUAAUGACUUAUGGGUCUAACCAGAAAAUAUAGACC